AAGAAAGCGGGAGGGUUUGAAUGUGACCCUGGCAAAUAUUAGGUUCGGACAGUGGUGCAGUUUGGCGUUUAGAUGGCUGUUUAGUCAGGUCUAGCUCACUGAUAAAAACCGACCCAUUAAUAGACCAUUACAGGACAACUUGGAGUCAAAUCGCACAUUCAUAACCGCGACUCCACUGGGAGAAUCACGGAAAGGUGCUGUCGGCUUGUUCUUGGAAGACUGGGUGUUUUUGAGCUGAAUCACGGCAGAGGCGCGUCACCGUGGGGCGUGGUUAACCGUAAGAGAUAAACGCCGUGUCCACCGUUACGAUGCAGUUAAGUUACAGUUUGGCACGAGACGACACCGGAGCGGAGAGUCUGAGCAGCUAACCAGCGCGCGUAAAGGGAUGGAGACGAAUGAGAUCUUUUUAUUUACUGUAUUAGCCUCUCACUACAUUUGGAACUUCGUCUUCGUCGCGUGGAUUUUAACAACAAUAGAACCUUUAGACCCGGACUACUAUAAAACGCAUUAUUGAAGUUGGGCCACCUGAUCCUGUUUGCGCCAGGACACCCGACCGAGAUUAGAGCAAGAGAAGUCGUAAUGAGUAGUUGUGCAAAUGGUGCAUUUCCUAACCAGAGAGCUGGUACGGAAAGCAGAAUUUCAUGCUCAAGCUACACGUCUACCUGCGCGUAAAGGACAUGGACAUUACGGCUCCGGUCGCCGCUUCCUGAAUCACUGCGCUAUGUUUUAGUAAGUAAAUGAAAAAGCUGUAGUUAGAUUAGAAGCAGUGUGGCAGAUUAAAGCUUUUAUGCGAGCUUUUUUCUUAUUUUUAUGCGCUGACAAAUAGUGCAGCGCUCCAAUAGCACAGGACCUGAAAUCUGGCAGCCAAGCAGCACACACCAUUGACCGUGAAAGGCUUGGAAACAGUUCCAGUGCUCCCCGAUUUGAACUUUAACUAAAACAAGUUUUUCAAAGUUGCAUCUAAGUGGACGAGCGUGGCAGGAGUGGAACAUGGCUUUGCCAGAUAGUGGCAUAUCUGCAGAGGAGAUACCCUUCCCAGAGAUCAUAGAGCUCAAUGUCGGUGGGCAGGUGUACAUAACCCGCUACUCUACACUCACAAGCGUGCCAGACUCUCUGCUGUGGGAGAUGUUUACUCAAAAGUCAGCCAAAGGACUGGCCAGGGACACAAAGGGGCGCUUCUUUGUAGACCGUGAUGGUUUCCUGUUUCGUUACAUCCUGGACUACAUGCGCGACCAGCAGCUGGUCCUUCCAGACCACUUCCCAGAGCGUGGUCGUUUGCAGAGAGAGGCUGAGUUCUUCAACCUGCCAGAGCUCGUCAAGCUUCUGGCACCCAAAAUCAGCAAACAGAACUCCCUUGGUGAUGAGGGAUGUCCUAGUGACACAGAGGACUCCUCACCUGGGACUGACACCUCCCGUAACCUCGGCUCUCUGGGUGCUGCUGCUGCUGCCUGUGCCAGCCUGGUGCCCGGCGCCAUGGAUGGCAAACGUUCUGGGUUCAUCACUAUUGGCUACCGAGGCUCCUACACCUUGGGGCGCGACAGCCACACGGAUGCCAAAUUUCGCCGAGUGGCACGGAUCAUGGUGUGCGGGAAGACCUCCCUGGCUAAAGAGGUGUUUGGGGAAACGCUGAACGAGAGCCGGGACCCGGACCGCCCCCCUGAGCGCUAUACAUCCCGCUACUAUCUCAAGUUCACCUUCCUGGAGCAGGCUUUUGACAAGCUGGCAGAUGCAGGCUUUCACAUGGUGGCCUGCAAUUCCACAGGAACCUGCGCCUUUGCCCACGAGCAGACGGACGACAAGAUCUGGACCAGCUACACUGAAUAUGUGUUCUACCGUGAGUGAGACUAUCGGCUUUGUUUCCCCGGUCCCCUCACCCUGUAUCCAAGAAACCC